CCUUGUUCGCGGUGACUUUCGGAUCACAGGCUAAGGCGGGAAGGUAAAGGUUCUAAUUCAAGUUUGUUGGUUGAGGAUAAAAGGUUCGGAGUCUAUGCCUUCAUCGGUGGAGCUAAACUUCAAACACUAGUAAUAACCAACAAACAAAUGACUUUAAACAUACCAAUCACAUAAUAAAGGCCAUUUUUCGCUUAUAUAAUACGUAUAUUCAUGAAAAUAAUGAAUAAAAAGGCAUAAAACUGUUACACAGGGUAACUGUCUUUGAACUAUUCAGAUGUCAAGUUUAUUGAAAGACUGUAAUAAAUACUUUCACACAAAGAAUCUAUAUGAAGUUUUAGAAGUGGCUAAAGGCUGUUCGAAACCAGAACUUCGCAAAGCUUUCUACAAAUUAUCUCUUGUCCACCAUCCUGAUCGGCACGAGAACGACUCAAAAUCGGAAGCAACGCAAAAGUUCCAAGUAUUGUCUAGAAUCUACGCAUACUUAGAUGAUGAUGAGAAACGCAAAAUCUACGAUGAAACAGGUGUAAUCGAUGAAGAAGAUGAGAUUUCAGGCAAAUCAUAUGAUGAUUGGAUGAAUUAUUGGCGACUUUUAUUUCCAAAAAUAACACCUACACAGAUUGAUGAAUACCGUCAAAAGUAUGUGGGAAGUGAAGAAGAAACGGAACAGUUAAUCAAAGUUUACAAUAGUUCUAAAGGCGAUAUGGAUACUAUAAUGGAAACGUUAAUUCUGACAAGUUAUGAGGAUGAACCGAGAAUCCGAAGUCUUAUUGACAAAUUGAUAUCUGAACAGAGAAUUAAAGCUUUCAAGAAUUAUACACAUGAACCACCAGAAAAAGCAGCGAAAAGGGCGAAGAGAGCUUUAAACGAAAAAAAGUUGUUUGAAAAACAACAAAAGAAGAAUAACAGCAAGAAACUCAAGAAGAGUAAUGAUGACGAUGACGGCGGUUUAGAUUCACUAGCCAAGGCGAUUCAAAGUCGACACGCGAAUGCGUUGCAGUCAUCAGAGAACUUUCUAGAUAAGAUUGCAGAGAAAUACGCCUCAAUGGCAUCGUCGUCUGCUAAAAAGCGAACACGUAAGACAACUACAACUGCUGCUAAGAAGAAAAAAUAAGCUUGGUAGAAAAAAUUAUAUUUUCCUUAAUCAAUCAGCAUUUCUGAUAACAAGAAAUCCCACAUGUUGUAUAUAUACACAGUUUAUUAUGUACUUCGUUGGCUUUCAACCUUCUGUCAAAAAAAAGAAAAUGAAAAACAACCAAAAUAAAGAUUUAUAAGUGUCUUAAACAUCAUAAUAUGAAAUGUAUGUAUAUGCUCCUGACAUACAAGUUUUCUUAAUAUUGUGUGUUGUUUUUGGGUGUCAUACAUGUCAGGAGACAGUUUUAUUCAAGGUGUAUAGGAUUGCUUAAAAAU